AUGGAACCUCCAAUGCUAAAACUGACAACGGUGCGAGGUCCUAGAGAAGAUGCUGGAAUCCCCUCAAAGCACCUAGUAAUCGUAUCCGAAUCAGGAAAAUGGAGCCUCCAAGACUUCAAUUCCUUCAAUGGCACGACUCUAAACUCCACUUUUCUCUCUCCCAACAAAUCAUUCGAUCUUUGCGACUGCGACACCGUCAAACUCGGGGAGUUAACAUCAAUCCUCGUCCAAUUCAGCGUUCAUAAGGGAACCUCACAGUUGAGACGCAAUCCGAGGAGACAUGUUACUGGAUCUAGUAAAGUAGGAUCUGUCGCAACGAAUCGGAGCCGGAGAGUAAAUGAAGAGGAGGGAAAGAAUGCUGAAACUAGGGAGGAAGAGAAUGUUUAG